GUGGGCGGAUCGUCAGACUGGUGGACUAUGUGGAGGCGCCGGCAAGUCUGCUCACUCGCUCGUUUGUCAUGCUGCUACUCUCAGUACUUGUUCUGGUGCCCGGUUGUCUGGCAACACUGCGCGGAGGCCGCUUAUCUCCCGACACUAUGAGAGAUCUUCUCUCCCGUGCUGCGCCUGGCAUCGGUCUCCACGAACAGAUACCAUAUGUGUACCAACAACUUGUUAAGAUAUACGCAUACCCCGACAGUAUUACUUCCAGUGGCAACACUGCUAGACCCUAUCUGCUAAACCCAAAAACUGAUGAUCGGACAGAUUGCCUGGUGUUACAUAGCACACCUUACAAUAAGCUGGUAAGCGUGCAGGAGGCCGAACUUCACCUAUAUCUUCCUAGCCUCGUCAAUGGGAAUCCUGGAGAUGCAACUUCUAUUCUGAUUAAAAGAAAGUUACCGUAUGGUAUACGAGAGGAUCAAUUCGUUCUAAAGUGGUCUGAAUCGUGGAUUCAACUGAAUAUCACCCAAAGUAUAGAGGACAUUGAUUUCUGGCUCAGAGACGGGCUGUGUGUGUCAGCCAUUAACGAUGAGAUCAAGUCUGUUCCAGAACCCUGGAGAUUUAGUGAAAAUAACACAGAUGAUUUAGCGUUCGUUGUGGCCUGGUCUAAAGAGAUGAUGUCAGUUCCCCUGAACAUGAAGACCAAGAGAUCACACCGGUCCAGAGACCGGUCCAGGGACCGGUUUAGGGAAACCGCCUUCAAUCACUCACCGUUCGGGAAAAAUGUUGGGCGAGCAAAUAAGUUUGGAGCAGAGCGGUGUGCGUUAGAACCACUAUACAUCGACUUCAGAGACCUUGGUUGGGAAUCCUGGAUCAUAGCUCCGCCAGGACUAGAGGUUGGCUCAUGUAGUGGGACGUGUAUGAGGGACGAUGUCUCCAGUAACUACAACCUUAUCAUCAGCAAUAUAUCCAGAGACCCGGACUUGUACCGGCUAUACAGUCUUGCUGGGAUCCGAACUGAAACGACGUGUGUCCCAACAUCACUUCUCCCAACUGUCCUCAUGUUCAUUGGUGAGGACCAGGACAUCGUGGUGCAGUUGGUGGAGAACAUUUUGGUGGGAGGGUGUGGGUGUGUUUGAUGAAAUUCAGAGGUUCACAGAUUUUAUCAGCCCGAGAUCGCCGUCGAUGAUGAAGCAUUAAAAUGGUGAUGACCAACCAUUACCUAUAAGAGGACUAAGGAAGACGCUAGUCACUGAAAUACUGAAAUAUACCAAGACUCCGAAGAGGUUGAUCCUCUUAACCAAUCAGAGCCGCUUAAAUAUCACGUAACUGGAAAUACUUUAAUGCCAGCGAUUAUGUAUUUUCCGGUUGAAGGUAAACACUACUGACAGUGACUAAUGUUUUUAGAAAAGAAAGACUGUAAACAUACAACUAAUUCUCAUUUCUCGGGCCGCUUGUAAAAUUGAGAUUUAUUGGUAUAUUGAUACGGUUGUUGAUUGCUAUAAUUUGGCUGAUUUCAGUGGUAGUGUUUUCGUCGCUACGCGAUUACGUAAAAACUUACCGUUAAGUUUUUAUACAUAAAUACGAACCCCUGCCUGCUACUGCUAGCUUAUCGUGUGCUUAAUUAUAAUAACGUAUUAUAUUCCCUUGCGAGAACGAAAGAGAAUCAUUCGCUAAAUGAUUGUUUAUACUAAUCGGUUGUAAGUUUUUCAAAAUUUGGAUUUGAUAGCUGAUUUCGCGAGCGAAACCCACAACCCAGGUUCAAAAUAUGUAAAUAUGUUUUGCAUUUUGGUUAACUUCCCUUAUUAAUAAAAUUAUAAUCAGAAUCUAAAACAAAAUUUAUCAUUGAUUAUAUGUAUUCGCAUUGUUUAGAUAUAUAUUGAUUACUAAAUACUACAACUACAAAUGCAUGUAUUAACAAUUAACUUACUCUCGUAGUUCUAAAUAUAAAUCGAGAUUAACCAUUUGACAGAUCCGGUACCUGAUUUUAUAUGUAUAGUGCUCAAAUUCUUGACAUGAUUCACCGAAACAAUGCUGGAAAUUUUAUUUCGUAUAUCUUUCCUUAACCUAGCUUGCCACU